UUUCAUGAGUUUGUGUACAAAAUGCUAAUUCAUGAAAGAUAAGUUGUCGAACUAGUUAGUUCAGCUGAAGAUGUGGUUUCAGCAACUAUUAUACUUCACUUUCUGUAUCCAUGCAAUACAGACAGAUACAGUUAGACUAGGUACACAGCUAGGCAGCAUCCUUGGUCGUCGUACUGAUUCAAACUCUUCAAGCUAUUUGGCCUUUCAAAGCAUACCUUAUGCUUUGCCACCGUUGGGGAAGAGACGGUUUAAACCUCCAACAUUAGCAAGAAAGUGGGAAAAGAACCAGCACAAUGGAUUAGUAGAUCCUCCAAUGUGUCCCCAGCUACUAGAUGAACAGGUUGUUGGAGAUGAAGACUGUUUGGUGUUAAAUAUCUUUACUCCAGCUCAAGCUUUUAGUUAUGAAUCACUGAAGGAACUUGAUCAAGAUGUUCCAGAUGGAAUAGACUUUAAUCUGAAGAAAGUAGAUGAUCCAAAGCCUGUUAUGGUGUUUGUUCAUGGAGGAGCAUUUGUAAAAGGUUCAUCUUCACCAUCGAAGUUAGGACCUGACUUCUUGAUUGAAAAGGAUGUUAUUCUUGUCACAUUAAACUACAGAAUUGGAGUCCUAGGAUUUUUCACACUGCUGAAUGAAACAGCUCUAGGAAAUUUAGGACUCCGGGAUAUUAUAGUCGCAUUGGAUUGGAUUCAGGAAAACAUUGGAGACUAUGGAGGAGAUCAAAAUAGAGUUACAAUCUUUGGACAAAGUGCUGGGAGCAUGGCAAUAAGUGCUCUCAUUACCAUGGAACAAGCUAAGUUCCAGAGAGCUAUUUUACAAUCAGGAACACUGGUCAGACCUAUAUUUGACAAUUUGGAAAAAACUAAUAGAACUCAGACAAAUUUGGACUAUGCAGCUCAUGUGGGAUGUUCUGAUUCUAUCUUAGAAUGUCUACAAUCAAAAUCAAUCGAAGAUCUUGUAUCCCAAACAUUCUUCAAACCAGCGCACAUGCUCUGGGAGCCUAUUAUUGAUUCCAAGUUAAAAAAUCCUUUAUUUCCUCAGGACCCUCUUUCAGCACUUUUUUCAGGAAAGGGUAAAAAUGUUGAUGUGAUCUUUGGUUCAAAUAACGGAGAUGGAAUUGCUUAUCUUGGAGAUAACUUGCUUGUAAACUCUGACUCUUAUGAAAAGCUUCAAAGAAAUUUCAUCAAAGAAGGUCCUGCGCUGUUCUUUAAGGUUGAAAAUGCAAGUAAGGCUGAUAUUGUAUUAGCUGAACGCUUGAGAUACUUUUAUGGAGGGGAAUCUGUCUUGAACAACUCACUAGAUAAAACUAUGGUAGACUUGAUGACAGAUAACAUGUACCAAUCUGGGGGUAAAGCCAUGCUGGAAUUAUUACAAUUUGGACAGACAGAAAAUAUUUACCAGUACAGUUUUCAAUAUGUUGGAUCAAAAACAAAUUCUAUGAAUUGGUUUAACAUAGAUAGACCAGAGUUAGGAGCCUGUCAUGGUGAUGAACUUUUUUAUAUCUUUUCACAAGAGGAGAACAACCUUCUGACUGACACAGAUAAGGCUAUAAGCAGAGAAAUAGUUACAUACUGGACAAACUUUGCCAAGUCAGGAAACCCCAAUGGUCCAGGGAGUGUACUGUGGACUCCGGUGUCCAGAGAAACUCAAAAAUAUCUUAAGGUUGCCGGAGAAAUUGAAAUGGAACUUACUGAAGAUGAUGUCAGUAGAGCUAACUUCUGGAGAACUGUAUAUUUCAAACCACAAGUUGAAACAACAACUGCAGGAAGCAUUCAGGGAUCAUAUUUAACAUCAGUGAAGGGUAAAUGUAUCAAGUCAUAUCAAGGUAUACCUUACGCAGAACCACCAGUUGGACAUCUCCGGUUUUUAGACCCAGUUUUAAAGAACUCAUGGACUGAAAUUUUAGACGCAACAAAGUUGGGAAAGAAGUGCAUGCAAGCAAACUUAAAAUUUUAUACACAAGAGGAAAUGAGUGAGGAUUGUUUAUUUUUAAACAUAUAUUCUCCAUGUAGAACAACACAAGAAAAAUUUCCCGUUAUGGUUUACAUUCAUGGAGGAGGCCUGGCAAGUGGAAGUGGAGGAACUCAUUUUUAUGGUCCUGAAUUCCUUGUAGAUGAAAAUGUUAUAUUGGUAGCAAUCAAUUAUCGCCUAAAUGUGUUUGGAUUUAUGAGUUUCGAAAGGCAAACUUUGCCUGGCAAUCAAGGAUUUAAAGAUCAACGAGUAGCCCUCAACUGGAUUCAAAACCAUAUAGAAAGCUUUGGUGGAGACAAAAAUCAAGUCACACUCUUUGGACAAAGUGGUGGUUCACUAAGCGUUCUUAGUCAUUUAUCUAGUAUAUAUUCAGAGGGACUUUUUAAAAAAGCCAUUGCACAAUCCUCUGCACCAGGAGAUUUAAGACCUGUAAACAAGAAUGCAGAGCCUGGAGUGUUGAGACAAACAGUAUUGUCUCUUGCAGCUAAACUUAAUUGCAAUAGAAAGACAGACAAAGCCACUUUACAAUGUCUUCAAGAAAUUGAUGCAGAAAAAAUCAUGGAAGCUUCUUUAUCUGACCCUCAUUACAAAUUUACUCCUUCAGAAGACUAUCUGUACUCUCAAAAUCCCUUUUUCUAUGUUUCUGUUGAGGAUGCCUUUAAUUCAGGAGUGACUUUAAAGGUUCCACUAAUGGCUGGAUUUUUAAAAGAUGAAGGAAUUAUGAACUUUGCAAAUAUAAUGCAAAAUGAUGAACUACUUGACAACCUUAACCAGGACUGGGAUGUGUAUGGAACACAGUUGAUAUUUAAAAAAUGUUGUGAAUUCACAAAUGAAGAAAUUUAUAGAAGUCGUGAGGUGAGAAAAUAUUACUUUGGUGAACAAUCUAUAUCGGAGGAAACGUCUCAAUCUUUGAUCAAUAUGUUUUCUGAUCUGAUCAUCUGGGUUGGUAUGCAAAGAGCAAUUGAUCUGUACUCCAAGAAUUCUCCUGUUUAUGAAUACUUCAUAACAUACGAAGGAUCAUAUUCAUAUUCUGAACUAGUUGGCAUAGAAGAUCAAGGAGUCUGUCAUUUGGACGAUCUUCUUUACCUCUUCAACCCUCAUCUUGACCUUGUUGAAUUCCCUACUUUAAGAACAGACUCUGACAAGGCUAUCAGGGAUACCAUGGUUAAGAUGUGGACCAACUUUGCAAAAAAAGAUGUACCAGUACCCCCUGAAGGAGAUUUAGAUUUUAAUUGGAGUCUAUAUCAAGAUUCUCAUCAAUAUCUUGAAAUAAUGCUCAAGCCAGAAAUGGACUUCAGCGAUAGUGUGAAAGAGAGACUGAAUUUCUGGAAAUCUACCUUUCCUCUUGCACCUAGAGUAAAAACUCAAUUUGGAACAAUGAUUGGAAUUUGGGAAAGAAGUGAACAUGAUCAUCUGUAUAAAGCUUUUAAAGGAAUUAGAUAUGGAAGACAAACAAGAAGAUUUCAGGAAGCUGAACCUGUUGAGGAUUUUGAAAUUUUCUUCCAUGCAGAUAAAGAAGGAAACAUAUGCCCUCAAUUGGAAGGCCCUUACCAGGUUCCAGGGGAAAUGAAUGAAGACUGUCUUUUUCUCAAUGUCUUUACACCUAGUGAAGGAGAAAACCUCUCUGUGAUGGUUUGGAUACAUGGAGGAGCUUAUACCAGGGGAUCUGGUGGAGAUUAUUUCUAUGGUCCUCAGUUUUUCAUUGAUAAAAAUAUCAUUUUGGUGACAUUGAAUUACAGACUGGGAGCUUUUGGAUUUCUAAGCUUUGAAUCAGAGUCAAGUCCAGGAAAUAUGGGAUUAAGAGAUCAAAACUUGGCUUUGAAAUGGGUUAAAAACAAUAUCAAUAGUUUUGGAGGUAAUCCAGAAUCAAUAACACUGUUUGGAGAAUCAGCAGGAAGUUUCAGUGUCAUGUAUCAAGUCCUGUCACCAUUUUCAAAUGGGUUGUUCAACAGAGCAAUUGCCCAGAGUGGGGCUCCUUUUGGUUCCCUCAUUUCAGGUAGCCGUCCUGGUAAACCACAAAAAAUAGCUUUUGCACUCGCAAAAGCACUUAAUUGUAAUACUGGCACUGAGGGGGCAAUGUUGACAUGUCUGGAAAAUAAAUCAACACAGGAAAUUUUGGAAGCUAAAUAUAUUUGUGUUGAGGAUGGUAUUUGUUCCGUUAAUCCAUGGGAUGCUGUAGUGGACCGAGACUCUAAAGACCCCUUUCUUCCGGAUACUCCAGAGAACCUUCUAAAAGCAGGUCUGUUUAACCAAGUACAAAUGAUUCUUGGGGUAACAUCAGAAGAGGGAAUAUACAGUGCAGCUUCUUUUAUCAGAAAUGAGUCAUCAUAUGAUCUCAUCAAUAAUGAUUGGGACUACUUUGGACCCCUUUACAUCUUUGACACCUCUGAAGCCACAGAUACUGAGAUUGAAGUUGCCCAUGCUAUCAAGAAUUUCUACCUGAAAGGAAAUCUUUCCUCCAUAGAAAAUAUACAUGACAUUAUAGAUAUGUUCUCUGAUAUUUUCUUCUGGGCAGGGGCACACAGGUUUACUCAUUAUGCAAGCAGCAUUACAGAUAUUUACUCUUACCUGUUGACAUAUAAGUCAAAGAAUAGCUUUGCUGACCUAGUCCUAGGGGUUGAUUCUGAAACUUACGGACUUAAAGUUUGCCAUGCAGAUGAUCUAUAUCACAUUUUUAAGAACCAUGUGUUUCAACUGACCUUCACAGAAGAUGAUUUAAUUGUCCGAAACAAUAUGCUUGACUGGUGGACUAAUUUUGCUAAAAGUGGCGAACCAUCCUUAAAUGGGGAAUGGAAAACUUUUUCAGCCAGUAAUCCUGGAUAUUUUGAAAUCAAGUCUGAUCAGUCUGGAAUGGCAUAUUCUGACAGGUACAAACAAAGAAUGGAUUUCUGGAUGGAAAUAAUUGAGCAGACCAAGACAUUCCUAUAUACUAUGGUGUGUAAAGUGUUUGCAUUUAUUUUGCUUUCUUUGGCUGGGUCAUGUGCUUCACAAGAAAGUUUAGAUAAAUCUUUGCUACUUGACCCAUCUGUCAACACCUCUUUUGGAACAGUGAUUGGAGCAUGGGAUGUAACAGAGUCUGGAUUACCUUUUAAAACUUUUCGAGGAUUACAAUACGGAAAAGUUGUUAAAAGAUUUUACGAAGCUGAACCGUAUGAAUAUCAUGAUUCUCUAAUCUACGCAAACCAGGAGGGUCCGAUUUGUCCCCAAAUAAAUCAAUAUGGUGAGAAUAUGUCGGAAGAUUGUCUAUAUCUGAAUGUUUACACUCCUGAGCAGGGGGACAAACUUUCAGUUAUGGUUUGGAUCCAUGGGGGAGCCUUGCAGAGUGGGUCUGGAAAUAACUUACUGUACGGUCCACAGUUUAUCCUGGAUAAAGAUGUUAUCUUGGUCACAAUCAAUUAUAGACUGGGAGCCUUUGGUUUUUUAAGCUUGGAGACAAAUGCUGUUCCUGGAAAUUUUGGAUUUAAAGAUCAAAUUCUAGCUUUAAAGUGGGUCAAAGAAAAUAUUAAAAGUUUUGGUGGAAACUCUGAAGAUAUUACAAUAUUUGGAGAGUCUGCUGGAAGCUUCAGUGUGAUGUAUCAAGUAGUGUCUCCCCUAGCAAAUGGUUUGUUUAACAAGGCUAUUGCUGAAAGUGGAGCUCCCUUUAAUUUCUAUAUUGCUGGUAGUAGACCAAACAAACCACACCAGACAGCAGUGGCACUUGGACACUCCCUUGGUUGUAGUUCUCAGACAGAUGAUAUCCUUCUAGCUUGCCUGGACACUAAAUCAGUGGAAGAGAUAUUGAAUGCUAUCUAUCUCUGUGUUGAUGAAAAUAUUUGCACAUUUAAUCCAUGGGAUGCCAUCAUUGAUGAUUUUGCAGAUAAUCCAUUUUUGCCUGAUUCACCGGAAAACCUAGUCAAGAAAGGACAGUAUUCAAAGGUGCCAAUGCUGGUAGGCGUUGUCGGAGAAGAAGGAAUUUAUAGUGCAGCAAGAUAUAUUACAAACGAAACCUCAUUUGAUAUCAUAAAUAACUAUUGGGAUUACUAUGGACCAAUUUAUAUAUUUGAUACUUCAGACCCUACGCCUGAAGAAGUUGAUCUGUCUAAUGUUAUCAAAUAUUUUUACUUGCAAGACAAUCCUGCUUCAAUGGACAAUAUUCAUGACGUCAUUGACAUGUUUUCUGACAAUCUUUUCUGGUCAGGAGCACAUAGGUUUUCCAGUUUAGCGAGCAACAAUUCAAAUAUCUUCACAUACCUUCUCACAUACAAAUCUAAGAACAGUUUUGCUGAUUAUGCUCUAGGAGUGGAUUCUGAAAAGUAUGGUUUGGGUCCGUGUCAUGCAGAUGAUCUUUAUCAUCUUUUCAAGGUUAACUUUGCUGACUAUACUUUCACAUCUGAUGAUCUGAGAGUGAGGGAAGAAUUUUUGACUUGGUGGACUGAUUUUGCAAAAACAGGCACACCCACUACAGAUGGAUCGUGGAGGCAGUUCAAUGUAAAUGCCCCAGCCUAUAUGGAUAUUAAACCAGCGCCUGAAAUGGCCUACUCUGACAGGUUUAAGGAGAGAAUGGACUUCUGGACGGAAAUUUUAGACAACAAAAAAUAAUCUAAAAAAAUAUAGAUAAUAAAAUAUAAAGAACAUAGAAAA